GUCUAACGACUCGCAAUGUGCGCGCGGGGUUUGGGGCAGGAACCUGUGCAUCCACCCGCAGGGGAGCAGCCGUUCCUUUUCGCCCCCGCCCCCCACCCUGCUCCCCGCCCCCCGCCCUGCUCCCCGCCAGGCUCCGACUCCUCGGUGCAGCGGCAGCAGGGCCUCCCAGGCGCCGCGGAACAAAGGCCGCCCGAGGACGCGGCCCCCAGGCCCGGCCGCGCCCUGUCCCGCCGCCACCCCUCUGCCCACGCCACGCACAGCCCCGAGCGCCCUCGCCCCGCGCCCCGGCACGCGCCCUGCCCCACGCCCAGCGCCCCCCUGAGGUCCGCGCCGGCUGCCCCCGCCCCAGGCGUCCCGGUCCGCCCCGCCCGAGCCCGACAGCGCCCCCUCCCGUCCGCAGCCUGCGCUCCCGGCCCAGCGUGGGGGCCGCUCCCGGGCGCGCCCCGGCCUCCCGCCGCCCAACCUCACCACCAGCUCCUCCGCGGGCGCCGGGCCCGGCCGCCACCACCCGCAAGGCCGCGCUUCCCGGCCGCGACGCCGGCGGAACCCAAGUCCGCAGCCGCGGCGGCGCUGGGGAGCGCUAACGGGGAGCACGUUUCCGGUGUUUCCAUGGAGACGAGACGACGCCGCCAGGCCGCAGUUCCGGGGGAAGCCAAGACGCAGACACACCAGAUCGUGCCCCCGACACCGAGGAUGCGGGUCCUGAGGGCCCCCGCCCUCCUCCUGCUGCUCUCGGGGGUGCUGGUCCUGACCCCCAGCUGGGCCGGCCCCCACUCCCUGAGGUAUUUCUACACCGCCGUGUCCCGGCCCGGCCGCGGGGAGCCCCGCUUCCUCUCCGUCGGCUACGUGGACGACAUGGAGUUCGUGCGGUUCGACAGCGACGCGGCGAGUCCGAGGAUGGAGCCGCGGGCGCCGUGGAUGCAGCAGCCGUGGGUGGAGCGGGUGUACCCGGGGUAUUGGGACCGGAACACGCAGAUCUACAAGGAAACCGCACAGAUUCACCGAGUGGGACUGCAGAACCUGCGCGGCUACUACAACCAGAGCGAGGACGGGCCUCACACCCUCCAGAGAAUGUCUGGCUGCGACGUGGGCCCCGACGGGCGCCUCCUCCGCGGGUACGAGCAAUUCGCCUACGAUGGCGCCGACUACAUCGCCCUGAACGAGGACCUGACCUCCUGGACCGCGGCCGACACGGCGGCUCAGAUCACCCGGCGCAAGUGGGAGGCGGCCGGUGCAGCAGAGCUUCACAGGAGCUACCUGGAGGGUCUGUGUGUGGAGUCGCUGCUCAUUUACCUGGACAAAGGGAAGGAGACCCUGCAGCGCGCAGACCCCCCCAAGGCUCACGUGACCCGCCACCCUGUCUCCGCCCGUGAGGUCACCCUGAGGUGCUGGGCGCUGGGCUUCUACCCUGCGGACAUCAGCCUGGCCUGGCAGCGUGACGGGGAGGACCAGACCCAGGACAUGGAGCUGGUGGAGACCAGGCCUGCGGGGGACGGGACCUUCCAGAAGUGGGCGGCCGUGGGGGUGCCGCCUGGAGAGGAGCAGAGAUACACGUGCCAGGUGCAGCACCAGGGGCUGCCCGCGCCCCUGACCCUGAGAUGGGAGCCGCCUUCUCAGACCUCCAUCAUCAUCAUCACGGGCAUCGCUGGGGGCCUGGUUCUGCUGGGGGCUGUGGCCGGAGCUGUGCUGUGGAGGAGGAGGCGCUCAGGUGCGAAUGGAGGGAGCUACGCUCAGGCUGCCACCAGUGGCGGCGCCCAGGGCUCUGACGUGCCUCUCUCAGCUACUGGAGCGUGAGGCAGCUGCCUUGUGGGGACCGGGUGAUGGGAGAUGUGUUCACGCUCCCACUUCCUGACUCAAGAACCUCUGAUGGGGGGCUGGCCCCGCCCUGCUCCCCACACUCUCCUGCCAGCAGAGGCGGGCUGGGUCCUCCCUGCCUUUACUCCCUGGUGCUCUGAGCUGCAACUUCCUGCUCCCGCCUUGAAUUGAGAUUCUGGAUGUGACUCU